AGAAGGUUGUUCACUAACUCUCUCUCUCUGUUUGUCUGUUGCUAUAGAAACGGAGAGGAGGAGUGGGACCCAAAUGUCACCACUGUCAACACUGACAAAUCCUUCACAUCAUCACAAUAUUUAAAGAUUCAUCAGAGAGUUCACACUGGACAGAAUCUACACAGCUGUGAUCAAUGUGUGGCAGCUUUCACACGAAAGAGUCACCUAAAAGACCAUCAACGCCUUCACACUGGACAGAAUCUUCAUAGCUGUGAUCAAUGUGGGGCAGCUUUCACGCACAAAAGUAAACUAAAAAUACAUAGACACAUUCACACUGGAGAGAAGCCGUACAGCUGUGAUCAAUGUGGGGCAGCUUUCACACUACAGAGUACCUUAAAAAACCAUCAACGCAUUCACACUGGAGAGAAGCCAUACAGCUGUGAUCAAUGUGGGAAAACUUUUUCUCAUUGUAGUAACCUUAGAUCCCACCAGCGCAUUCACACUGUAGAGAAGCCGUACAGUUGUGAUCAAUGUGGGAAAACUUUUUCUCAUUGUAGAAACCUGAGAUCCCACCAGCGCAUUCACACUGUAGAGAAACCGCACAGCUGUGAUCAAUGUGGGGCAGCGUUCACACUACAGAGUACCCUAAAAAACCAUCAACGCAUUCACACUGGAGAGAAGCCGUACUGGUGUGAACAAUGUGGGGAAACUUUUUCUCAGAGUAGUAACCUUAAAACCCACCAGCGCAUUCACACUGGAGAGAAGCCGUAUAGCUGUGAUCAAUGUGGGAAAACUUUUACUAAGAAUAGUAACCUAGAAAGACACCGACGUGUUCACACUAGAGAGAAGCCGUACAGCUGUGAACAAUGUGGUAAAAAAUUUUCUCAUAGUAGUAGCCUUAAAUAUCACCACCGCAUUCACACUGCCUCAUUGUGAACAUGUUUCAGAGCCAAGCUGUUUCCUCCUGCCUCCUCCUCAUGCCCUGAUAGCUGUGUUGUUAUAUUCUGAUCUUCUCUCCACAUUGAAGGCUGACCAGCAGUAACUACGACUACAUAUUACGCUCCCUCCCUUUUGAAGGGAUUAAUUUCACUCAAAAUUUGCUUUUUUUUCCUGUAAUAAAAUAUUUUGAGUUCAGGGUUCAACUGCUAGCGCUAUGUAACUAAUGCUGCAACGAAGUAUUUGUUCUUAAUUAAAAAAAUCCCCUCACUGUUUACUAAGGUAAUGUCAAAUUGCUGACAUAUUUAGUUUAUUGUCCUUUAAGAA